ACGGUUUUUGCUCCGUAUAUAUAAGAUAUUUUUUCAAUGGCAGCCAUGGGAACUGUCUUCACAAUCCAUUCCUUGGAUGCGAAUUGAAUUUAAAAUCUGAACUGUAGAAACGGAAGCAAAUUUCAAGAAGAGAAGAAGGAGAAGGAAGACUAUCUGAAACGUUUCUAAAGGAAAAGGAUGGGGUUGCUCGAAUUGUCUAAAUUCAAGCUCCAGCUCCGAUCCCUAAUCACCGAAGUGCGAGACCUCAGAGAAAGGGAACGCUUAGCAACCGAACAACUCCAUCAUCAAAUUCAGAAGCAAAAGCAAACUGAGGAGGAACACGGCAGAAAGUUACAGGAACUACAAACAGAGUUUGCUAUGUCCAAUGAACAGCGGCAAAAACUUGAAAGGCAGGUGAGUUACCUUCAAAAUGACAAUACUUUACUCGAGAACAAGCAGAAAGAAUUGAAGGGAACCAUACAGAGCUUGCUUCAAUCGAGGGAAGUUUUCAUCAAUGCUUAUGAGGAAUCUACUUAUGAACUGAAACGCUCAGUUGAAUGCAGAGAUAGAAAGCUCACUGUCCUAUCUGAGAAGAUAAAGUCUCAUUUAUUAUUAUUUGAUUCAAUAGAAAAGGAGGCAUUUUCUAUCAAGCAAGUCAUCAAUGAUGUGCAAUGCCUAGUGAAUGAAAAAGAGGAAGUAGUUGCUGCCUUAAAGAGCAAAAUGGAUAAGGUGCUUGCAUUUGAAAAAGUUUUUGUUGAGAAGAUCUCUGACCUUCAAAAUAAACAUAAGAAUGACAAGGACGAGUUACGAAGAAAGGAUAGAAUCAUUUCAGAGCUAGACGCACACCUUGAGGCAGCAAGAACUAGCAACAACCAUCAAAAUCAAAUACAAGAGCUUCAGAAAACCCUAUCAGCAAAGGAUGUUGUCAUACAGAAUUUAAUUUCGGAAAAAGAGGCACUGCACAUUGAACUGCGGACUGUAAGCAUUAUCUUACAAAAGAUUCAGGAUGUUGUUACAAAUAUGCAUGAAGAGGAUAAAAGGGAAUUUUCAUUGAUACUCAAAUGCCAAGAAGGAUGUGACACUGUUAUGAAGACGGAAGAUAAUGGGACUGAAGAUUUGCCUCAAAGUAAGAUAGAAAAAUUUCCAGAUAAGGUCUCUGAUACUGGCAAGGAAAAUACAGCUUCACUUCUAUCUGAGGAGUACCAAAAAGUUGGCGGUCCCUUACAGGAUCAAAAUACCAAUGGCUCCUGUAUGUCAGAGUCAACUUGUUCAGAGCUUCAAUUAGCAGCCAGCAUUCGGAGUGUCUCUUUUGAUGAUGGCAAGGAUAACUGCACAAGCUCAGUACACCACUCAGAUUCGGAGUCCUCAACAACCCAAGCAGAAACCUCAGGAGAUCCGGGAGCACAAGUAUGAUCAUGUAUGAAGGCAAAUGGCCUUUAAGAAAAGUCAUCUAGAUGAUUGCAAAGGGUCUGCUUGAGAUUAUAUGCUUAAAGAUGGAAGAGGGGGAAGGUACUGUCGGUUGCAUAGAGUGGAAAGCUAGCCGAUCAGAAGUUGGGUUUGGAUGAUCAGAUCUCCGAGAUGCAAGGCUUGUAAGGCUGGCUUUAAUAAGCAAACAAUAUGUGGGGUUCUCUUGGGCCCGCACCUACUCAAAUGUAAACCCAAAAAAAAAAAAAAAAAAUCAAAGUUUUAGCAGCUUGGGUAGGUGUGCCGCUUUACCUGGACGGCACGCCAGGGGACAACUUCUCAACACACAAUUUAAUGACCAUGAUGGCCAGCUCUCCUUCCUAGAAUUUUUACAACCUUUCAAUUUCUUUCUUUUGUCUUGAUCUUUGAAUUUCCUUCUCUUUGGGCAAACGGUGCGGAAAGCAUAAUCGAAAUAGCUUACAAUUUGUGCUGUAA